GGGUCCGUUUUGGUUUCAGACUCGGUCCGGAGGCAGUUUUACCUUUUCCACCUACAGGAAGAUGAAACUCCCCACCUGCAGGAUUAAAACGUCACUAAUUAACCCCAAUUUGUUGUGAUUAUUAUGGGAUGUGCUGCUUCUGAGUGGGGCUGUGGGAUCGUCUCUGUGGGAGUGGUCUCCUGCAGGUCACAUGGUCCGGGCCUUUGUUGAUGUGAUCCGGGGGAGAAAGAACAGGAGCACGGAGAGAAAAGAAAGAAAAGUACCGGUCCGACUCCGACCCACCGAGCCUUUCCGCCCAGCCUCCCCGGCGCACAGACGCUCCUGCUCGGCCUGGAUGCUGCAGCUGCGGCCCCUCCGGAGCUCCACCUGGAUCGGUAGUUCCGCGGCGCCCCGCGGUCGGUUCUUCUCCCCGCCGGUUUGAGCGCUUGGCAGCGGGGGCUGGGGGAUGGAGGCUGUGUCCGGGCUGUGAGGUGUGGGGGUCGGUGUGUGCAGCCCCCCGGGCCCUCUGCUGCUUUGUUAUCCCUCCUCCCGGCUUUCUCCUCGGCUUUUCCAGCCUAUUUCCUCUGUAAGUGAUUCUCCUGGAAGCCCAGAGGAGUUUCAGGAGGACGCAUGGACACAAAGAGGAUUUAAGGAUUUUAUUUUUUGGCUGAUCUCUCUUUCUCUCAUUCCGGAUCAGUUUAGAAGAAGAAGGAGCCAGAAAAACCCAGAUUCCUUCUUUUCACCCAUUUUUUCCUCAAACCUCCAUUCAGCUGCAUCUCUCCGUUACCCCCAGCCCCCUCCACUCCUCUCUGUCCGUCCAUCAUGGCUCCUCUGCGCCGGGUCUCCUGGUUCUGCUGCCUGCUGGUUCUGCUGGGUCUCCCCGCAGCCCGGAGCUCGUUCCCCCGCAGCGGAGGAGGCGGCAGCCCGGACUGCGGCCCCGGGAAGGCCGCGGAGUGUCCAGAUUUGUCGGAUAAGAAGAGCGAUCUGCGCGUGUGCGACGCCGGAACGUGUCGCUUCGGAGGAACCUGCCGCGAAAACGGUGCCGACAUCAAAUGUGUCUGUCAGUUCCACUGCAAUAAGAAGUACGUUCCCGUGUGCGGCUCCAACGGAGACACGUACCAGAACGAGUGCUUCCUCCGCAGAGCCGCCUGCAAGAAGCAGAGAGCCAUCAGCAUUGUGUCGGAGGGAGCCUGUUACCACGGUAACACUCAUCCUCUCACAUCCACGUCCUGCCUCAAGCAGCUCAAGAUCGACAUCAAACAUGUUGGCCGUUGCCAAGAUAAAAGCAGGAAAGACGACGGCUCCAAGGGGAAACCAGACAUCUACGCGGCGUCCAAGCCUGACGAGGGGAACGGCUUCCUGGACGGCGCUCUGCCCUGCCCUGAAGACGACGCUGAGACCUGCCAACACGGCCAGUGUGAGAUGAGACUCAACCUGCCCACCUGCAGGUGUGACGCUGCGUACGGCGGCCCCCGGUGCGACCAGCUGCUGGACUUUAACAUCCUGUAUGUGGUCCCCAGCGGCCAGAAGCUGCACUACGUUCUCAUUGCUGCCAUCAUCGGAGCCGUCCAGAUCGCCGUCAUCGUUGCCGUGGUGAUGUGCUUCACCAGGAGGUGCAACAAGUCGAAGCGUGGCCGCAGACAGAAGCAGCAUCUGGGCCACUUCCCGUCGGGAACGUCUUCUCGGAUGAUGUAGCCGCCGUCCGUUUUUCCCUCCUCAUGUUUUUAUAUAAAUCCAACUGCUCCGGUUUUCGUAUCACACAGACUGCAGUUUUAUAUCGACUUCCUGGUGCCUCUUUUAUUAUUUCCCCCUUUUUUAAAGUAUUUUAUUUCUGAUUUCUUAGAGGGGCCUUAUUUGUCAGACUUCCCUUUAUGUUUUGUGUGGAUCAGUUUGUCUGUCCAGCUGCUUUCUGAACACUGUGGAUCCAACAGGAAGCAGAACCUUUAUUUAUCUGAUUGUAUCGUUGCUGCAGCGCCACCUUCAGGCUGGUGUCAUGCAGGUUGUUUUUGUUCUCACCCUGUGGGACGCAGCCCGACUCUGUUUUACUGUUUGCUUUGGUUUUAAACCAGAAUCUUGUUUCAUACGUCAUCCGGUUAAAUCUGAAAUAUUCUGGAUGCUUCAACAUUCGAUCGGUUCUGUUGCUGCUGCAUUGUGUCUCUUCCUGCAGGUGAUUUUCUGAAGCUGCAGCCUUCAGGUCGGAUAUUUAACAUUCCAACAUCUGAUUCAAGAGCAGUUUUAUUAUGAUGACAUCAUUUCUGUUUUCAUUUUUAAAAUCCAUCCAUCACCUCAUCGGAUGAUCCAUGUUAGGAAUGAACUGACCAGCUGACACCGAUUUUAGUUUCUUUGACUGAUUUCAACAUUUUUAAGGGCAAAACAUGAAGGAUAAAGAAAGAUGGAGGUUAUUUUACAUGAUGUUGAUCUU